GUUAUUAUCUUCCUCAAUUUGGUAUUUUGACAAAGUAAACCCUGCCCAACAAGUACAGCACCGUAGACUAGGCGAGACUCUUCUUCAUCUUCCUAGAUGGAUCUGUAAUUAUUUUCCAUCAUCUCUACUCUCAAGCUUCGUUAAGUUCAAUCAAUCACUCCCAAAACCGAUCCAACUUCAAAAUUGUAUUUUGUUCAAACAUUUAGCUUCGGCAGCAGUUGUAGCAACCUAGAAGAAGAAAGGUCUGGUUUUCUCAGCAUUUUGAUGGGUGUCAGCGAGAAUCAGUGUCUACAGUGAAAUCCUGGGAGCUAAAGUAGAAUUAUGAGGACACCGAGCUGUUCAGUGUGCCAGAAUUCUUAUAACGAGGAGGACCGAUGCCCGUUGUUGCUCCAAUGCGGCCAUGGAUACUGUAGGGAGUGCCUUUCCAGGCUGUUCUCUUCGUCUCCGGACACCAAUCUAUCGUGUCCCCGCUGCCGCCACGUGUCCCUCGUUGGCAACUCUGUCAACGCACUUAAGAAGAAUUACGCAAUCCUUGCUCUGAUCCGCGAUUCCACAGCCAAGGAUUCUAGCGACGAUGAAGGUGAGGAGGAGGAUGCGGAGGACGGGGAGGACGGGCCAGAGUCUCUUCGAGAAAAUGGAGGAGGCAGGGAGGAGCGGGAGAUGGGCCGGAGGCGUACAUCACACUCAGCAGCUUUGAGUACUGGAUGCAGAGUUGUAGCUGGUGAGAGGGUAGAGCUAAGUGCCCACCCAGAGGUGAGACUAAUUAGGAGAAUAUGCGGAGAGGCUAGGAAGCCUGGGGUGGAGAUUUGGGCGGCAGUUUUAUUGGGCGACCAUGCUGGUGGUAGACGGGAAAGAUGCCGUCAUAGAGCUGUGGUUAAGAAGGUGACGAUAGGGGAGGAAAUGGAUCCAGUUUGGGUGCAGGAGAAGCUGGAGACUUUGAAGAGGGCGUCCAUGUGGUGUAGAAAUGUGUGUGCUUUUCACGGUGUAACAAAGAUUGAUAGCAGUCUGUGUUUGGUUAUGGAUAGAUGCAAGGGUUCUGUCCAGACUGAGAUGCAACGGAAUGAAGGCCGACUCACACUUGAGCAAAUCCUCAGAUAUGGGGCAGAUAUUGCUCGUGGUGUGGCUGAACUACAUGCAGCUGGUGUUGUUUGUAUGAAUAUAAAACCAUCAAAUCUUCUAUUAGAUGUAAAUGGUCAUGCAAUGGUUUCAGACUAUGGACUUCCAGCAAUUCUUAAGAAACCUGCUUGUCGUAAGGCUCAGUUAGACUCGGAGUCUUCAAGAGUCCAUUCAUGCAUGGAUUGUACAAUGCUUAGCCCUAACUACACGGCUCCUGAAGCUUGGGAGCCAGGAAAGAAAUCAUUGAACCUUUUCUGGGAUGGUUCCAUUGGAAUAUCUCCAGAGUCGGAUGCGUGGAGCUUUGGUUGCACAUUGGUGGAAAUGUGUACUGGUUCAAUUCCGUGGGCUGGUUUAAGCACAGAAGAAAUAUAUCAGGCUGUUGUGAAGGCACGCAAACAACCUCCUCAGUAUGCAGGUGUCGUGGGUGUCGGCAUUCCUCCAGAGUUGUGGAAGAUGAUUGGUGAAUGUUUGCAAUUCAAAGCAUCAAGAAGGCCAUCCUUUAAUGCAAUGUUGGCAAUAUUUCUUCGUCACUUGCAAGGGAUUCCUCGUAGUCCUCCUGCUAGCCCAGAUAACAACUUUAAUCAGUAUUCUGGAACAAAUGGGAUGGAUCCCCCUCCAACCUCAGAUGUGGAGGUUUCCUUGGAUGUUUCCAGUCUUCUUCUGCAUAGACUUGUUUCUGAAGGGAAUUUGAAUGGAGUUCGAACAUUACUCAGCAAGACUCACAGAGGACAAAGUGGCAACUCGGUACGUUCUAUACUUGACACACAAAAUCCUGAUGGUCAAACUGCUCUCCAUCUUGCUUGUAGACGUGGUAGCGUGGAACUUGUUGAGGCUAUACUAGAAUAUCCGGAAGCCAAUGUUGAUGUAUUGGACAAAGAUGGUGAUCCUCCACUUGUAUUUGCUUUGGCAGCUGGAUCGCCUGAUUGUGUUCGUGCUCUUAUCAAGAGACAUGCAAAUGUCAGAUCUAAAUUAAGGGAGGGACUCGGCCCGUCUGUUGCCCAUGUUUGUGCUUACCAUGGACAACCAGAUUGCAUGCGUGAACUAUUACUGGCGGGAGCUGAUCCGAAUGCAGUUGACGAUGAAGGGGAAUCUGUGCUUCAUAGAGCCGUUUCUAAAAAAUUCGUAGACUGUGCUAUUAUAAUUUUGGAAAAUGGAGGCUGUAAAUCGAUGUGCAUCUUAAACUCCAAAAGUUUGACACCAUUGCACUUGUGCAUAGCAACCUGGAAUGUUGCUGUCGUUAAAAAAUGGGUAGAACUUGCUUCUAAGGAAGAGGUAGCUAGUGCCAUUGAUAUCCCAAGCCCUGUUGGAACUGCAUUGUGUAUGGCAGCUGCUGUCAAAAAAGAUCGUGAAGCAGAGGGAAGAGAACUGGUAAGAGUACUUUUAGCUGCUGGAUCAGAUCCAACUGCCCAAGAUACCCAGCACUUCCGAACAGCUCUGCACACUGCAGCUAUGAUAAAUGAUCUUGAGUUGGUCAAGAUAAUUCUCGACUCUGGAGUUGAUGUAAAUAUCAGGAAUGUGCAUAAUACCAUACCUCUUCAUGUGGCACUGAAUAGAGGUGCAAAAUCAUGUGUUGGGUUGCUUCUAUCGGCUGGGGCAAAUUGCAACUUGCAGGACGAUGAGGGAGACAAUGCUUUCCACAUUGCAGCUUUUUCAGCAAAUAUGAUACGUGAGAAUCUCGAGUGGAUUGUCAUAAUGCUCAGGAAUCCUGAUAGUGCUGUUGAAGCUAGAAAUCACAGUGGCAAGACACUACAGGACUACUUGGAGGCUCUGCCUCGGGAAUGGAUAUCUGAAGAUUUGAUGGAGUCUCUCAUGGAGAAGGGUAUUUAUUUGUCUCCGACCGUAUAUGGUAUAGGAGAUUGGGUGAAAUUUAAGAGAUGCGUCACGGAACCGAACUAUGGAUGGCAAGGUGCAAAUCAUAAAAGUGUGGGUUUUGUGCAAAAUAUCCUGGACAAGGAUAGCCUCGUUGUUUCAUUUUGUUCUGGAGAAGCUGCCAGAGUACUAGCAGAUGAAGUUGUCAAAGUUAUUCCAUUAGACAGGGGGCAUCAUGUACGGCUUAAGCCUGAUGUCAAAGAACCAAGAUUUGGUUGGCGUGGCCAGGCACGUGACAGUAUCGGAACCGUACUAUGUGUAGAUGAUGAUGGUGUUCUACGUGUUGGGUUUCCUGGAGCAUCCAGGGGAUGGAAAGCUGACCCUGCAGAAAUGGAACGGGUAGAGGAGUUCCAGGUUGGGGAUUGGGUUCGUAUACGUCCCAACCUGACAUCAGCUAAACAUGGAUUAGGACCUGUAAGUCCCGGAAGCAUUGGUAUAGUUUACUGCAUACGACCAGAUAACAGUCUCUUGUUGGAGCUUUGCUACCUUCCUCACCCUUGGCACUGUGAGCCAGAGGAAGUUGAACCAGUUGAACCAUUCAGAAUCCAUGAUCGGGUCUGUGUGAAACGAUCUGUUGCUGAGCCAAGAUAUGCUUGGGGUGGCGAAACACAUCACAGUGUCGGAAAAGUAGUUGACAUAGAGGCUGACGGUCUGUUGAUUAUUGAAAUUCCCAACAGGCCUAUACCGUGGCAGGCGGAUCCUUCUGACAUCGAAAAGGUUGAGGAUUUCAAGGUAGGUGGCUGGGUCAAAGUAAAGUCUUCAGUAACCUCACCGAAGUAUGGUUGGGAGGACAUAACAAGGCAUAGUGUUGGUGUAAUACACAGUUUGGAAGAAGACGGUGAUGUGGGAAUUGCCUUUUGCUUCCGUAGCAAACCAUUCUGUUGUUCAGUGACAGACAUUGAGAAGGCACCUCCUUUUAAAGUUGGACAAGAGAUUCGUGUAAUGCCAUGUGUUACUCUGCCUAGACUGGGAUGGUCAAACGAGACUGCAGCUACUGUUGGGAAAAUUGUGAGAAUUGACAUGGAUGGUGCUUUGAAUGUUGCGGUUGCUGGGAGACAAAGCUUCUGGAAGGUGUCUCCGGGAGAUGCAGACAUACUUCCAGGGUUUGAAGUAGGUGAUUGGGUACGCACAAAACCCACUUUGGGAACAAGACCCAGUUAUGACUGGUACAGCCUUGGGAAGGAGGGCUUAGCUGUUGUACACAAUGUACCGGACGCCGGUUAUUUAGAACUGGCCUGUUGCUUCCGCAAAGGGAAGUUGCAUACUCAUCACGCUGAUGUUGAAAAGGUCCGUGGCUUCCGAGUUGGUCAGCAUGUUAGAUUUCGGGCUGG